AUGCAGCUCUCGCUCGUCCUUCUUCUCCUCGUCGUCGCCUUCGUCAGCCUCGUCGACGCCUUCUACAUCGGCGGAUACUAUCCCUCAAAUAGGUAAUUAUGUCAAAAAUGGAAUUCAAGUGGUUCUUCAAGAACUCUAAAGUGCCCACUAAACCCAGUUCUUCAGAAGUCACUAUUUUACGUCUUAGUGGCCACUAUAGUAGUUUUAUUGGUCUAUAAGCACAACUCAAGCUUCUAAAGAGGCCACUAAGUUUAUGCCACUCAAGAGGUUCCUCAAGAACUACUUGGAGAGAGCACUAAAGUGGCCACUAAACCCAGCUCUUUAGAAGUCACUAAUUUGUGUCUUAGUGGCCACUAUAGUAGUUUUAUUGGUCUAUAAGCACAACUCAAGCUUCUAAAGAGGUCACUAAAUGUUCUUCUUUUAAGUGGCCACUAUUUCGACUACUAUAGUGCCCACUAAAACGUCCAAAGCCAAGGAAAAUUUUCACAGAUUUAGAAAAAUUUCGGAGGCUUUUGAGCUGUUGCCCGCUUCUCAUAGAAAACGUAAAAAAAACAACUAAAAACUACAGUACAUCUAGUUUUUUUCGCUUCAAGACCUGCACUUUUUUGUGCUUUCUCGAAUUCUGGACGCUUCUGAGAAGUUCUAGGGAUCCCUUAAGAGCUGACGCUACUAAAGUGGUCACUAGAAAUGAUCUGACUUCCGUUACCAAAGUCCGAGUUCGUUCUAAGACCUGCACUUUUCGCUUCAAGACCUGUUAUCUGAAGGUAUACGGUAUUUUGGUCAGAAAAACGUGACAAGUUGGCCCGGAAUAGACGAAUUUUCAAGAAGAAUAACGAAAAAAGCGUGAAAAUGAGAGAUCCAGCUUUUUUAGUGUUUUUUGUCCCAUGACAGCGGUGAAAAAAAAAAUAUAAGAAUCUUCUUUAGUCUCACAAGGAAGGUCAUUAAACUUUAGGGUUGAGAAUUUGCUCACAUUCGGUCAGAAUACUGCUUAAUGUCCUUUAUGAAUAUUCUGAAAGUCUCAAAUUGCGAAAAUUCCUAGUUAUCGAGAAAUAAGGGCUCGAAGCCCGAAAGUAGCCUAUUUUUCGGAUUUUGAGGGCUUUCUUUUACUAACCUUUCACGAAAACUAGACGUUCUUGCGAGUUGAGACUUUUUGAAUCUUCUUCUGGUACAUCAAGGAGCGCUCUGACUAAUUUUCAGGAACAGCAAAGUAGAAUGACCUUCCUUGUUGGUAGUAAUUUGGAGAUUUUUUCGCCAUCAAUCUCCCCCGGCUAGAUUCGCAUGUUUUCGGCUCAUUCACACAUUUUGUUGAUAUUUAUAAAUCUGAUGGCAUCACGAGAUAUACGGAGGGCUUCGAUUAUCGUCGUUUGAGGAGCGUAAUGAAGUUACGGGCCGCUUGCGGCUUCAGGGAACGAGAAGAAUCCCGCUGCUGAUUGGGCCACAAUCAGUUUAUCCACGCUUCGAGAGUUGCUUUUCCUCCCCCUCAUGACUCUUCCUUUUUUCCCGACUUGUGAUCUCAGAAGCUUGAAACUUUUGAACAGUGAGGGGGAUAUAUAGUCUGUGUGCCACGACUUGAAAUUUCACCGAACGACAUUCCGCUGUUCCGCUGCGUGCGUUCGCGAAGCGUCUUUCGAAUUUCAAUUGAUUGUUAUUGCUGUGGGAGCACAUGAAAGUGAAGUACCUCAAUAAUAUAAAUAAAAUUAAAAGCGCGACCAAGGUUCGCGAACGCACGCAGCGGGACAGCGGAAUGUCGUUCGGUGAAAUUUCAAGUCGUGGAACACAGACUAUACACUAUUCGCUUUAAGAAAAAUGGUACUGAUACUUCUAGACCUCUCCUUUUCCCACACUAUUUCGCUAAUCUCUUCAAGAAUUUUCGUAGAAGUAUUGAAUGAACUGUAUAACAAAUCAGCAAAAUAGGCCAUUUACCAAAGUUUUUUCGAAAAUCGGAGAUUUUUCUGAACUAUUCGAGCUAUGAUUUUUUAAAACUAAUUUUUAACUUUUCACUUUCAUAACGACUUUUUUUCGGACUACUCUGACAUAAUUCUCAUAAGACUAGGAACAGAAAUUACUGAAACCUUCCAAAACCAAAAAAAAAGGCGAGAAAACGCUCAAAAUGUUCAGAGAAAAGAGUUUGUCACUGGAGCGCAGUUCAACCAGUAAAAGUGGCUAUUUUCUCAAGGCUACACAAUAGCCGAUUUUCCUAAAUUAUUCACUCCAUAAUUUUUUUUUAAAGAUCUUUCCACCCUCGGCUCACGGCGGAUCACUAUGAAGCUCCCAAAAAUCACUGAACGCUUCCGAAAAAACAGAGCAAAAAAACGCGCUGUGAAUAUGAUAUUAUCCCUAGUCAGAGAGUUUAUCUCUGGAGCGCAGUUUGAUCAGUUAGUAAGGCUAUUUCCUCAAGACUUGGCACAGCAGCCUUGUUUCCUAAAUUUUUAAGGACCUUGUCAGCCACGGCUACUUAUCUCUAUCACAGCGGCUAGGAAGCUCCCAAAAAUCACUGAAUCUCCAAAAAGCAGAGCAAACCAGAGCGAAAAACCGCUGUGCAUUUGAUAUUAUCCCUGGGGCGCAAUUCAACCAGUAAGUGUGGCUGUUUUCUCAAGGCUUCCUAAAAUAUUCGAUUCAUGAAUUCUUUUAAAGGAAUUUGACUACUUAUCUCUAUGACCGUAGCUUUUUCUGGACUAUCAAAACACUAUGAAGCACCCAAAAAAUCACUAAAUUCUUAAAAAAAAAACAAAAAAGAGAAAAACGCGCUGUGAAUAUGAUAGUAUGCCUGAUUUUAAUAACAGCGAUUUAUCCAUGGACCAGUAAAAGCGGCUAGACCGUUUUUCAGCUUCCGCUUCUUUUCUAGGCCCUUACUCUUCCCUAUCAUGGCGGUUUUUUUUUCUGAAUCAACAUACUAUGAAGCUUCCAAAAAUCCUGAACCCUUCCGAAAAAAAAAGCAAAACAAAGCGAAAACCCGCUGUGAAUAUGAUAUGAUGCCUGGUUACAGAGACAACGCGUGGGGAGAGGUCCAGGCCGUGGCGACGGCGUCAAGACAAGCGCAGCCUUUCAACCGACGCGACAUCAUCAAGCGCUUCAAGCCCUGCUACUACUCGCCCAUUCAGUGCCUGAUCAAGCGCAAAUGA